AUGAAUAAUCCCAAUCCUGGUGACUUGAAUGAAGAUCUUCCUGGUGAAGAUGGCCAUUUGGUACCCUCAGAGACCAGCUUUGACGAGAAUCCCUCCACCGAGGGUGAUAACCCCGCCAUGCGAGAUGCAGGAUUCACUGCCCUACCGCCUCCCCUAGUAUAUGGUGAAGUGCGCCGACGACGGCACAGCGUAGUUUGGACUAAUGACCUCCGGAAUGCCUGGGAGGAUCCCCCCGUGCCAUGCGCUCGAAUUCUGGACCCCAUUGAGGACCUCUUUGCACGUCUCAAUCGGCGCCACCAAGUACAAAUUAAUCUGGGCUUUCGCCAUCUCAAUAGCGAGAUGGCCAUCCUUCGACAUGGUGGUACCCGUGCGGACAGACUCGUCUUCGAGCGUAUGCGGCCAAUACGCACCCCAGCUGUGUACCAAGCCGGACGCCGUCUGAGUCACAUGGACCCCGAGCGUGUGAGACAAUUCCUAAGAGAUAUUUUGGAGGAACGGUUCGAGCUAUUGGUUCAUUCGCCUCAUUCCACCAAUAGAGAAGAAGGAGUUGAAGAACUCUUGCAACGUCUCCCACCAGUUGACCACUUGGACCUAGAGCCCAGCCCCCCUGAUGGCGAAACUGCGGCAUGCAGAAUCUGUCACUCUGACUAUUCCCAGCACCAUGUUGUGAUUGCUCUCCCGUGCAAUCCUUCUCACCACUUCCACUUCAGAUGUAUUGAGCGCUGGCUGAUUUCAACUCCCAGAUGUCCCGUCUGUGAAACUCCCCCCGUGUUUCCGCGAGAAUAA